AUGGCCAUGGAACGCACUCGCAUCGCGAAAGUCGAUAAUGUCACACUGUCCCGCCGUGGCGAUCAGGUCAACGGCACUCUUCAUCUGACACCUCAUCACAUCAUCUUUGUUCACACGCCUCCCCCCGAUGCCGACGGCAAUCCUGUACGGCCGCGUGAGUUGUGGAUCACAUAUCCGAUCAUCCAGACCUGUACGCUGCGGCCGAGUCCUACCGCGUCCCGACAACCUAGUUCAGUCCGGCUGCGGUGUCGUGAUUUCACAUUUGUCUGCUUUUACUUGAGCGAUGACCGGAAAGCAAGAGACGUCUACGACAGUAUCAGAGCCUGGACCUGCAAAUUGAGCGGGAUCGAAAAGCUGUAUGCCUUUACAUAUCAACCUCAAGGACCUGAAAGAGAUGUCACGCCUAAUGGAUGGUCACUGUACGAUCCCAUGCGUGAAUGGAGGAGAAUGGGGGUCGGCGAUGAUAGCAAGAAAUUGAACUGGAGGAUCUCCGCAAUCAACCAGGACUAUGGGCAGCUGUCGGACACGUACCCUGCCCUUUUGGCCGUUCCUGCUUCCAUCUCGGACAACACCUUGAACUACGCCAGUCGCUUUCGCUCUCGCGAGAGACUCCCAGUUCUGACAUACCUUCACCCCGUCAACAACUGUUCUAUCACGCGCUCUUCACAACCGCGAGUGGGAGUCCGAGGAAAUCGAAGCAUUCAAGACGAAAAGCUUCUUGCAGCGAUCUUCGACACAACCCGCGCCGAACGUCCCCUAUCUGCUUAUACUCCGCCUCCGGAACGAGAAGAGUCGGGAUCUAGUCGAGAGACCAACUGUUCGACUGCUCUAGAUGGUGACCUCCAACCAACCGACGCAGAGGCCCUCGAAGACGCGGUGAUUUCCCAACUCCGAGGAGAUGAUGCGCUGCCGCCCGAAACCGACGGCAAAGGGCCAGUGGUCUAUGGAGCCCAACAGCGCAACAUGAUAGUGGAUGCCCGUCCUACGUUCAAUGCACUGGCAAUGCAAGCGGUGGGCAUGGGGUCUGAGGAUAUGAGCAAUUACAAAUUCGCUACCAAGGUGUACCUCGGCAUCGACAACAUUCAUGUCAUGCGAGACAGCUUGCAGAAGGUGGUGGAGGCAUUCAAAGACUCGGAUUUGACUCCUCUAGGACCCAACCGAGACCUGUUGCGGAAAAGCGAUUGGUUGAAGCACAUCGCCAACGUCUUGGAUGGAGCGGGACUGAUUGCUCGUCAGGUGGGACUUCAACACAGUCACGUAUUGAUCCACUGCAGUGACGGCUGGGACCGGACGAGCCAGCUUUCAGCUCUGAGUCAGCUUUGUCUCGAUCCAUACUACCGAACCUUUGAAGGGUUCAUGGUUCUCGUGGAGAAGGACUGGCUGAGUUUCGGCCACAUGUUCAAACAUCGGUCAGGGUUCCUCAGCUCUGAGAAGUGGUUCCAGAUCGAGAACGAGCGCAUCACGAGAGGGAACGAAGAUGGCGAAGGAAAAGAGCUCGGCGGAGGGGCGAUGUCAGGGGCGCAAAAGACGUUUGAAAAUGCCUUAUUGAGUGCCAGGGGCUUCUUUUCGAACAGCAAACACAACGAUUCCAGAGAGUCGAUCAAUGUCGAUUCAGAUGCAGAACCCGGGGGGAGCUACGACUCGGAGUCGCAGGCUGGACGACGGAUUGUUUCCGGCAGUGCCAAAAAGGACCGGGAGAAGAUGGCGACCAAAGUCAAGGAAACAUCUCCCGUGUUUCACCAGUUCCUGGACGCGGUAUAUCAACUGAUGUACCAACAUCCCACCCGAUUUGAAUACAACGAACGAUUCCUCAGACGCCUCCUCUACCAUCUUUAUUCGUGUCAAUAUGGGACAUUCCUGCUGGACAACGAGAAGGAACGCAAGCAGGCAAAACUGCAUGAGAAGACGAGAAGCGUGUGGGAUUAUUUCGUCGCACGCAAGAAAGAGUUUCUCAACCCCCGAUACGACCCAGUGGUGGAUGACAAUAUCCGCGGCCGAGAACGAUUGAUCUUCCCGAGAACCGAUGAAGUCAGAUGGUGGCACGAACUGUUUGGACGGACGGAUGAAGAAAUGAACAGCAAGCCUGUUCCAGUGAAGGGCCAGGCCAAUGGUGCAGGCGACGGCGAAACCGAACUGUGGACAUCGGUAGGAAGGCAUUCAGGACCUAGUUCCAUGCCUACGUCCGGAGCUAGAACUCCUGUUCUCUUAGGCGUGGAGACCAGUGAAGCGAGUGUCGGAUUGACUGCGUCUCACAAGCAGCGAGAAUCAGCGGGCAGACCAAGGGCUCCAGUCAGCUCGACCAAGCCUGAGAUGGACGGCUCUGGUUCGAGCUUCGGUUCCGGUUCCGGUUCAGGUUCUCCCAAGGCCAAAGAGCCGCCGAUGUCUAGGGCAGGCGCAACAAUUCGUGUGCUGCCAGACGAGCCCGCAAUGGAGCCAUCGGUCAACAUACCUGUCAAUCCUGGCGCAGCAGAGACCGAUGCAGCUGACAACCAGCCGAGUGUGGUCGAUGGCGAUCCGACAGUACCGAGAUCGUCACACUCGGAGCCGGAGUCCGCGCCAGUCCAACCAGUACAAGAGGCUGAUGCUGUGGAAAGCCUGGCGGAUGAUCUGGAUCCGUUGGGGAUUGGUGAGGUUAAGGACCAUGUACCACAAUCCAAGAGAGUUCAGAAUGUGAUGGAGAGGCGCCGGGAGCAGCUGGAAGAAUUGAUGAAGUGA